UGAAAUUGCUCGAAUCUUUCCCUUUCCCAACCCGGCUCGAUUACCCGAUGCUCGGAGAUGGACGUUCUUGUUUCUGCAUAGCACUCGCGAUUGGAGGAGACGGAGAUGGAGAUGGAGAUGGAGAUGGAGAUGAGGGCGAGCGAAGACACAGAGAUGGGACGAGACAUAACCCCACCACUCCCUCCCAUAGCAUACUCUCUCCACAACUCCUUCCUUCUCUCUCACUGUUCCUCCUGCUUCUCGCCCCUCUCCUCCUCCCUCCGAUACCCUCCUCUUCUCCCUAACCCUUCCUCCACCCACCAUGUCUUCUACUGCUCUCCACAAUGCUCCUCUUCCGACUCCCCUCUCCACUUCUCCACCGCCGAAUUCCACCUCCUCCACUCCCCUUCCAUCCCCGACGACGACUCCGCCGACCUCCGCGUAGCCCUCCGCCUCCUCCUCUCCCUCCCCGACUCAGCAACACAAAUUGAUCGAGUCGCCGGCUUGUUGACUAACCGCCACAAACUUUCCUCCUCCGGGAACACCGAGAUUUUGACCAGAAUUCGUGAUGGAGCGAGGGAAAUGGCUGCCGCUAGACGGGCUCGAUGUGGCGUGACUGAGGACGAUGAAGACGAUGUCGUUUUGGAGGAGGCCGCGCUCUGCUUGGUUAUUACGAAUGCUGUGGAGGUGCAGGAUGCUGAUGGGCGGGCCAUAGGAAUUUCUGUGUAUGACACGGCGUUCUCUUGGAUAAAUCACAACUGUUCUCCCAAUGCUUGUUACCGGUUUCUCCUCAAUUUUACCAAUACUGAAUCCUCUUCUUCGGGGGAGUCUGUGCUUCGUAUUGUUCCAGCUGCCAAUCAAGGUGAUACAAGUGUCUGUACCCAUAAUCAAUCGAAAAAAGGCUGCAAGAAUUAUGGUCCGAAAAUCAUUGUUAGAAGCAUUAGGAGGAUUAAGAAAGGCGAGGAGGUGACUAUUGCAUACACUGACUUGUUGCAACCCAAGGCAGUGAGGCAAUCAGAAUUGUGGUCAAAGUAUCAGUUUAUUUGUUGCUGUAAGCGAUGUGAUGCAUCACCUCCAACCUAUGUUGAUCUGAGGUUGCAGUUCCCUCAAGAUCUGAACAAGUGGCGAAAAGGGAAUGAACAAGCACAGAGUGAAGUUGGGGGUUUCAAUUUUAACUCUAAUUGGCUGCACUACUUGCUCUUUCCAUGCCCAUUUCUUCUGGAAAUUUUUGUUUCCAAACUGGACUCUUCAAUCUUAGGCUGCUGUGUUUAUAUCGAGAAGGCAACUGAUAAUUUAACCGAUUAUAUAGAGCAAGUUGUUAAUGAUUAUCUAUCAGUUGGUGAUCCUGAAUCUUGCUGCAAGAGGCUUGAGAACGUUCUUAAUCAAGGAUUUUUUUAUGAGCAGUUAGAAACCAGGAAAGAAAAUUCCCCAUUGAAUUUCAAUGUCAGGUUGCAUCCUCUGCACCAUCUCUCUCUUAGCAGCAUAUACAUGACACUAGCUUCUGCAUAUAAAAUCCGUGCUAGUGACUUGUAUGCUCUCCAUACAGAAUUGGAUAAACGUCUGCGCAAAGCUUUUGCCAUGAUCAGGACUAGUGCAGCAUACUCAUUGUUGCUUGCUGGUGCAACUCACCAUCUAUAUUGCUUCGACUCUUCUCUGAUUGCGUCAGUGGCAAAUUUCUGGACCAGUGCCGGGGAGUCCCUGGUAAAUCUUGCUAGAAGCUCACUGUGGGAUUUGUUUGAAACUUCAGAGUUGCCGAUUUCAGAUGUUUCUUCUGUUGUGAAACAUGGGUGCCCUAAAUGCUCUUUGGUGAACACAUUUGAUGCCAAUUUAUCUCAUAUUCAAGCAUUGCUUGCAGAUUUUGAAAACAUAUGUAACAAGUUUCUUGAUUGCAUCACCAAUCUCACCCAAAAAGUUUGGAGUUUUCUUAUUCGGGGUUGUCAUUAUUUGAAUGUUGUCAAAGAUCCCAUUGAUUUCAGCUGGCUUGAAUCUUCUAAUGCCCUGGACAUGGAGGCUUGGUUAGGUGGUAGUAUUGGCACUGAUGAAAGCAGUUGCAUGAUGGUUGAAGCACUGUGUCAUGAUCAUCAAAGGAGGAACAUCUUUCUGCUUGGUGUUCAUUGCUUAUUGUAUGGUGGGUUUUUAGUAAGUGUAUGUUAUGGCCAGCAUUCUCAUUUGAUUCAUCACAUUAGUACUGUUUUGUGCCCUGUGGAGCAUGUCAUCGAAUGAAUGAUUUCAUGAAACAAAGUGUUUUCUUCUCUCCCUCGUGGUUGCAGGGCUUGAUGGUGACUUCUUACUUCUUAGAGUUGCAGUAUCAAUUAUUUAGUUCAAUCACAAAUUU